UCUGACGCUACACUCAUGCCUUGCUGCACAAAAACCCCUACAGCUCAUGCCAUGAAGGAAGAGAAUUUUCUUCGGCGCAGGUUCUCACUCUGCCCUGCCUCUUCUACUCCUCAGAAGAUUGAUCCUCGCAAACUGACCCGAAACCUGUUUUUUGGGGCUGAUAAUGAGAUCUAUCCACUCAGUCCAGGGAAAGACAUGGAAGGAAACACAUUGUCCAUGUUGAAGGAUGAGAUUCCACAGACACCGAACUCUAUUAAUAAGACUGAGUUCAAGUUCUGCAAUGGGUCUGAUAAAGAGUGUGUAUCUCCUACUGGAAAAAACAACAAGAAAGAGACUUUGAAGGUACAAAAGAAAAAUUAUAGGCAGGAGAAGAAAAGAGCCACCAAGCAACUCUUCAGUGCUUUGAAAGAUCCUAGUGUGGUCAUUAUGGCAGAUUGGCUGAAGAUUCGUGGAACUCUGAAAAGUUGGACAAAGUUGUGGUGUGUACUGAAACCUGGAGUGUUGCUGAUCUACAAAACACCAAAGGUUGGACAGUGGGUGGGAACCAUCUUGCUACAUUCAUGUGAGCUGAUUGAGAGACCCUCCAAAAAAGAUGGCUUCUGUUUCAAGCUUUUUCAUCCUCUGGACCAGUCAAUCUGGGCUGUGAAGGGUCCGAAGGGAGAGAAUGUAGGUUCCAUCACACAGCCUCUUCCAAGCAGUCAUUUGAUCUUCAGGGCAGCUUCUGAAUCAGAUGGACGAUGCUGGUUGGACGCUCUGGAACUGGCCUUACGUUGCUCCAGUCUAUUCAGGCUUAGUGCCUCAAAGCAGGGAAAGGAUGGUGACCUGAACUGCUCAACUGAUUCUUCACAUGCUGGGCUGUACAACCUACUGCACACAGCUACAAUAUCAGACCAGGAACUUUUCCAUCUUAAUGAAUCUGCUUUGGAAAACCAUCACCUGGAGAAUGAUGCUUUUUCUGACAAAUCUGAGAGAGACAACAUAGAUGAAUCUGAGAAUGAAAUGCAUGAGAACAGCCGGAAAACCAAUGAAAGUGAGAGUGAUCAGUCUGAAAUCCAUGGGGAAUUGUCCCAGGAAAAGAAAGGGACAACUUAUUUAGAACAGAACUAUGAAGAAUUUGGAGAGACAGGUGAAACUUCUCAAACAGAAACGGUGUCGGAUGAAAACAAGAGUCUGAUGUGGAUUCUUCUGAAGCAGCUGCGGCCUGGCAUGGACCUGUCUCGUGUGGUUCUACCUACUUUCAUCUUAGAGCCACGCUCCUUCCUCAACAAGCUUUCAGAUUAUUACUACCAUGCUGACCUACUUUCCCAAGCUGCUCUUGAAGAAGAUCCAUAUUGUCGAAUCAAGCAAAUCUUGAGGUGGUACCUGUCAGGCUUUUAUAAGAAGCCGAAGGGAAUUAAAAAGCCAUACAAUCCCAUCUUGGGAGAGACUUUUCGUUGCUGUUGGUUUCACCCACAGACAAAUAGUCACACAUUUUACAUAGCAGAACAGGUUUCUCAUCACCCUCCUGUAUCAGCCUUUCAUGUCAGUAACCGGAAGGAUGGGUUCUGUAUUACUGGCAGCAUUCUAGCCAAAUCCAAGUUUUAUGGUAAUUCACUUUCAGCACUGUUGGAUGGGCAAGCCAAACUUACUUUUCUAAGCAGUGGAGAGGAGUAUGUUAUUACUAUGCCAUAUGCCCAUUGCAAAGGAAUUCUGUAUGGUACCAUGACAAUGGAGCUUGGAGGGAAGGUUACCAUUGACUGUGAGAAAAGCAGUCACCGAGCAGAACUGGAAUUUAAAUUAAAGCCCUUCUUUGGUGGCAGCACAAGCAUUAAUCAAAUCUCGGGGAAGAUCAAACUGGGAGAAGAAGUGCUGGCAAGCCUUGAUGGACACUGGGAUGGGGAAGUGUAUAUAAAUGAUCUGAAAAAUGGCUGUACAGAGACAUUCUGGAACCCAACCAGUGAAGUCCGGAAGCAGAGGUUGAAGCGUCACAUUGUGCUCUUUGAAGAGCAAACUGAAUUUGAAUCAGAGAGGCUUUGGCAGCACGUAACAAGUGCAAUCGGCAAAGGAGACCAGCACAAGGCAACUCAAGAGAAGUUUGUAUUGGAGGAAGAGCAAAGGAAUGCAGCACGGGAACGGAAGGAGAAUGGAACUGAGUGGAAACCCCUGCUCUUCUGGCAUGACCCUGCCACAAAUGAAUGGCACUACAAAUAUGAAGAUUUAAGGCCCUGGGACCCUUUGAAUGAUAUUGCCCAGUAUGAGAAAGAUGGAAUACUUCAGACCAUGCAGAGGCAUUUAUCCAAUAGAAUGUCAGCUCACAAAAACAUGUGCAUCACCAACCAAGUUGCAAGACACAAGAGGUCUGCAAAUGAUUGUAGGCGGCGUAAAGCCAGUGAUCAACCAUCCAACAACAGCCAGAACACUGAAAGCAGCUGUUCAACACCAGAAUCUGUCCAGGAACUGUCGGAUGAUGAUGGUUUUGAAAGUCUGUGUCCUCAGUGUGGAAAAGAAAGCAACCAUUUGAAGGAAAUUCACACUGUUGUCUUAUCUCUCCAGAGAGCCCAACAGGACAUACACAGAAACCUCACUGCUCUGAACAAAAAGUCUGUCUACAGGAGGGCCUCAUCUGAAAACCUCUUCCUGGACUCUCGUUGUUGGUUUCUCCUUUGCAUCUUUCUAACAUGUCAGCUCUUCAUUAAUUACGUAUUCAAAUAAAGGCACUGCAUUUGGCAGCAAUAAAUGUGACCAGCUGCUGGAGCAUGGAGGCAGAAAUGCAAGGAGCCCACUUGAGGCACCAAGCACUUUAAUACCUACGCAGCAUGGGGCAGAAGGAAGAAAGAAACAAGAUUAACCAGGGAACCUACAAGUUUUGUUUGUCAGAUUAUACCAUUGCCUUUUUACAUGUACAUCUACAAGGACCUCUUUACCUGUAUGGGCCUUAAUGCUAAAGCCAAAUGUAGCUUUAAUUGUGCAAUGUUGUUUUUCUAUGUCUUGUCAUUUUUCUGAUGCAAUUUAAAAUUUACCAACCAGUAUUGGUGCCCCCUGUAACACUAUACAUCUACUUGGUUUUGUACAAUGGUUCCCAGUGGCUUGUUUUAUAGCUCUUCUGUGGGUGGGGGGUAUUUUGGCAUCAAGAUGACUGCUGAAUUUUCACACAGAGAAGGGAGCACUGGGCAGCCAUCUUGAAAAUGAAGCCAUCCAGGUAUAGCUAUAUCACAGCUUCAGGCCAGUGCUCUCUUACACCAAACACACAUGACCAAUUCAUUGAACUCCAUUCCCCAGAGAUUGUAAAUAUGCACGAUUUCCUAAAGCUUGCCUCUUUUAGGGAAUAUGAAGCCUCCCAUACACCACCAAUAAUGUCCUAAUCUAUGUCCAUUGGGCCAUAGGGUCAAACAUGCCUGUUCAUGAACCAGAUUUUUUUUUAAAUCAAGUGUUGAAUUUGCAUUGAGUGAAACAUGUACACACAACCAUUGUAUAAAGGAAUGCCUCUGAAAUGUACCAUUUUUCCAAGAUGAGUUAAAGAGGAUAGCUGUUUAAACACUUCUGUAUAUAGGGGAUUUCAUAUAUUUCACAUGUUAUGAACUCACAAUGGCACUGGGGUGCACUAGGUUGCUUCUGUUGACUUAGGAGAGUUUUUGAUAAGUACAGGGUAGCUGCAUGAGCAGGCACAAGCAACCGUUUCAGGUUUGUUUCCAAAGUGAUUAUUUGCACCCAAUUAGUUUGGCUUCCCUGGGUUUUAAUUUUGAGGAGUGCCUGCUUCCUUGUGUCAUAGAAAGCCCCACCCCAUCCCGUCUAGGGCUGAUCCUGUGAUUGUGAAGGCACCCUGUGCGUGGUGUUUGCUCUUAGGUACAUUUAAAGGUUAAAGGUCAGGAAUAGUAAGGGUUUGCCACUGCAUCCUCUGAAUCUGUUGAUAGUCUUCCUAUUUUUACACCAUUUUAAAAAGAUUUGCAAUAUUUUAUGUAGACCUGCAGCCAGUACUAAGCCUUUCUUUUCUGGCCUGAAGUAGUUCCAAGUGGUAAGUACUGAUAUAUAUAUAUACUGCUGUAUAUAUAUAUAUACAUACAUACAUACACAGCCUUAAAAUAUUUAGUGGUGGUGCCAGUCUGGCUAACUUUCAGUGUAAAUGUUUCCAGAUUUUUAACUACAUUCCUUGUGGUGUUCCCCUGGAAGGGGAAACCUUGUUUGUGCUUGAUACGUUGAAAUAAAAGUACACAACUUUCACUUACAA